CUCGUGGGAGUCCUGUCAAUCCACUUUUCGAAGGGGUAGAGGUCAGUUUUGCGUGAUAUGCUAAACGUUAAAUAUAACGAAAGUAAAUUAUUGUAUUCCUCGCUGAAUCUCGAUUCAUGCACGGCUAAAACAGAAGCAUGAAUUCCACGGUUUCUCCGACUAUCGGAGCGUUGUUUGUCACUCUGGGUGAGAUGGGAUUCACCAAGGAUCAGAUCCAGUCGGCAGUGCAGGCGGGGCAUUUCUCCGUUGCGGAUGCUGCAGAGUGGCUCUUGCAGGGACAGAAUGUGCGACACAAAUUGAUGAAGCGGCCGUCGGAGCCUGCUGAAUCAGCGUUCUCUGCCUUCAACCCUCCCAAGGACCAGGGAGGGCCCGGGUCACACGGAGGGUCAGCUGACAGCGGAGCAUCUCGCUCCCUGACCCUGGGCUCUCCUUCCCCCCCCGGUGUGUCCUCCCCUCCCCCCCCUGACCCCCUGCCUCCCCUGGAGUCCCGGAUCAAGCCCUCCCUGGGAGACUUUGAGGAGCAGCAGAUGCAGCGCCUCGCCCAGGAGGCCCGGUCCGAGAGACGGCAGAAGAAACAGGAGCGUGAGCUGGUGUUGAAGCGAAUUGCAGAGGACCGCAAGUGUCAGCAGGAGAAGAAAAAGACCGCGUCAUCAGCCGAGGAGUCCCAGACCACCAAGACCCCCCCAGCACAGAAGCUAGGGGGAGCCCUCCAGACCAACGUGGACAACAACUGUAUCCUCAUGAUCCGCCUACCCUCGGGCGAAUCCAUGCGAGAGCGUUUCCAUGCCGACGCCCCCCUGCGGAGCGUGGUGGAGCACAUAUCGGAGCGCCACCCGUCCCUUCCCGCCUUCUCCCUCCUCCAGGGGUUCCCACGGAAACGCUUCGGGGAGGCGGAGCUGGCGUGCUCCCUGCGCUCCCUGGGCCUCACACCCAACACGGCCCUCUGCCUCCAGACCACGGCCCCGGAGGCGGCCCCCCGCGACCCGCCCCCCCUCCCCCCGCCCGUCCUCCCCCCUGCCGCCCUCUCCCGGCCCGCUCUCUCCCCGCUUGGGCCCGAGGAGGACCAGGAGUGCAGCGCUGCACCUCCUUCUGCUGCUGCUGCUGCUGCUGCUGCUGCUGCUGCUGCUCCUCAUGUCCCAGGCCAGAUGGAGGAGGCAGAGAUGGAGCUGGAAGGCCCGCCUCCGGCGUUACCCCACCUACAGUGGGAGGAGGCGGUGGCCUAUGCCGGCGUCCCUGGAGCCCCGGCCCCUUUCUCUGGCCCCUCCCACAUCUGGGGGCGGGGUCAGAAGCUCGAAGCCGGAGAGAUCGCCGCCGCAGAGGAAGAGGAGGGAGAUGAAGAGCUGGAGGCUGACCAAGAAGAAGAGCCACCUUUCCCGCCUAAUGGGAUGCCCAGGCUGCCCUUCCUCCCAGACAACAGGCUCCGUGGUGGGGUGGAGCCCCGCCACCAGUGGCCCGAGCAGGGCAACAGACUCCAGGAGGGCGUGGUGGAGGAGGUCAUGGUUCCAGAGGAGGCGGGGGCGCGUGCAGGGCCGGGGGCCGCAGGCCUGGCCGCCGUGGAGCGCCUCCAGAGGGCGCCUCACCAGGACGACCAUCCAGCCCACCAGGGCCUCCCCUCCCCGCCCAAGAGGGCCUACCGAGCCCCCAGCGUCACGUCGCUGUGCAGCAUGGCCACGCGCGCCACCGCACAGCUCAUGGCCGCGCCCAGCAUGCAGUACAGCAGCAGCCUGGCGUGUCUGACCCCGGAGCUCGCCGAGCUGCUGCUCUGCCACAUGGCCCGGGAGCGCCUGCUGCGGCCGCGCACCCUGGAGCUCUUCUUCGGCUGCCCGCUGCAGAAGUUUGUCCUCAACAGCUACCCUUACUCCACCAACGACCUGCUGAGGCAGCUCAGGGCCUUCCAUGCCCUCAAGCACCUGAGCCUGGUCAACUCCCCCCUCAUUACAGACUCCGGCCUGUCUGUGCUGUCAAGUCUCGUCAAACUGCAGCACCUCAACCUGUCUUCCUGUGGGAAGCUCACUGACUCCUGUCUGCAGUACAUCACAGGCCUGAAGAGCCUGACCUUCCUGUCCCUGGACCAAACCAAGGUGAGCGACGCGGGGAUGCUGCCCUACCUCGGCUCGGCUCCUGCAAGCCUAUCACAGCUCAGCCUGAACAACACGGCAGUCACCGAGGCAACGCUGGCCGCGCUGCCCACCUCGACGCCACACCUACGCUUCCUCAGCAUCAAGCAGACCAAGGUGAGCGACGUGUCUGCGCUGACAGACCUGCUGCACCUGCAGACACUGUACCUGGACGGGACCGGUGUGACGGAGCACUCCCUGGAGCCGCUGGCCCGACACCCCUCCCUGGCUGCCCUCAGCGUGGCCGGGAUCCCCGUCCAGGACCCUGACCACGCCCUCCACCUCAUCUCAGGUCUGAGGCUGAGCCAGCUCACCCUGCCGGGACGCCACUCUGUGACGGACAGAGGGCUGUCCUUCCUCGCCAGACUCACCCUGCUGACGGAGCUGGACCUCACAGACUACACCAAGGUCACGGACCAGGGAGUCAGCGAGCUGGCGACCAUGACCAGCCUGAAGAAGCUGUCUCUUAGCAACACGGGGCUGACGGACGCCGGCCUGGCCCCCCUGCGGGGCCUCAGGGAGCUCCAGGAGCUGUGUCUGGACCGCACGGCCGUCACCAGCCGGGGCGUCGCCGCACUCAUCACCUGCCUGCCCCACCUCCAGGUGUUGGGGUUGGCCUGCACACGUGUGGGCGACUCGGUGGUGCGGAGGGGUCUGGUUGGCUGCAGCCAGCUGACCAAACUCAACCUGAGCCGGACACGCAUCACAGACCGUGGUCUGAAGCUCCUCAGACACAUGCACCUGGCACAGGUGAACCUGGACGGCACCGGCGUGACCAUGUCCGGCAUCCAAUCACUGAAAAACAUCAGCAGCGUCCGCGCCAGCAACACACGCGCUAUCGCCCCCGACGACGUUUCCGACGACGACCAAUCCCAGUGAGGGCCAUGGGGCGUCAGUCCUGGCUCUCAUUGGUCAGAUGAACCCUACUGCACCACAUAUUUAAAUGCAAACGUUAAAGGAACCCUUUGAAGGUUGAGACCGGCGUUGUUCUGUAAAUUCUUAUCAACUUAACGAGAUGACCACAACCAAUCACUUAUCGGCGGACUAAUUCGCUUUGAUUAAUUAGGCUAAUGAGUAAGCAGGGGACUUGACUUGCUUUUAAAUAGUUAUGCAAUUAAAGAAUGUAUUGUGAUCCGUAAAAGGAUUCCUCUAGCAUAUUUUGCAACAGUACAAAGUCUAGACCAGGAAGGUUCUUAUCUGCUGCUGGAGGACAAGGAGCAGGAACAACUGGUUACGUCAAGUAUAAAAUAGAUCCUCUGGCGUUAAGACUUUAGAACUGCACUGUAUAAGCAGCAGCCUGGCACCAACCCUUGGCCAUGAGGAGUACUGCGCUUGAAUCGAAGACGGGGCAGUUUAAAAUGUACUCCACAUGCGUGUUACAAUUUCCCAUAUUUAACCCCUCCCGUCUGCAGCUUAAGGGUAUAGAAACAGAUGGGGCAUCAUCUGUCCAUACACCUAGUCUGAAUAACCGGUAUACAUGUAGUCAGAACGCCUAGCCAAAUCAAACAGCAACCUAGUAUUACAAAGCACCAAAUUAAAACACGUCUUCAAUACUUAAUUUCUCCUUUCUAAUGUUUACAGCUUAUAUCAAAGCAGAUGACAUGUUUGGGAGGAAAAUGAAUGUUAAUCUGAAAUGAAUAGCGAUGAGGUUAGCAGUACACAUGUACACCCCCCGGGGCAAAAACUCACAACCAACCUUUUUAAUGUUGUUUACAGAAUUGUUGUAAACUAUACUUUAUUUUCAGAAAAUGGUUAUUUUUGGAUGCGACCACUGUUCGGGUACACUUACAAAUAGAGCAUAAUGUGGAAUGAAUAAAGUCUGCAUUUAAAUCGGA